GGAGGCUGGAGUGGUUGUAGCUCGGGCGGAGUCCGUACCGGACUGCGGGACUGGGGCGGGCAGCGAGCAGGCGGGACGGCGGGGGCAGCAGGGCCGGCGUCUGGGCCGCGGCGGCCGGGCGGGCCGAGAGUCUGUCCUGAGGCGGCCGACCGGGGCGCCGCCGGCUCCCGAGGGGCGGCUCGGGCCCCUUCCGGCCCAGCGCUGGGUGGCGGGGCGGCGGGCGCAGGGCGAGCUGCGGCGCCGGGUCCGGCCCUGCCCUCCGGCCGGCUCUAGGCGGCCAGGGCCUUCGGGCCGCGCGCCUGGCCCUAGGGCUGCGGGUCCGGCCGCCAUGUGGGGACCUUAAAGCGCCUGUGGUCUUUUGAAGCGCUCUGACAGCUCUGAAGGGCUUUGUAGUCCCGGAAGCGCUUUGGCGUCCCUGAAGUAGCGCCUGCAAACUGAAGCUCCUGGGGAUCUCGGAGAGCCUGCCGUGGGCUGGGAAGCCAAACCGAAGCCUUUAGUAAAUUUCGAAUCGAUUUGACUUCUCUGAAGCGCUUUGGAAUUGCAAGCUGAGUCGAAGCGCUUUGAUAUCUCGGAAACCUUGAGAACUGUGAUGGGCAGUGGAAAGAAGAGGGAAAGGUGCCCAUGGCGUCGGAGAGGCGCAAGGUCAAGUACCACUGGAGCAGCACGUCGGAAGGGUGUCCCAGCAAGCGCAGCUGCCUCCGGGAGCCCAGUGAUGUGGCCCCCUCCAGCCGGCCAGCUCGUCGUAGCUCUGUGUCGCGUUCAGGAGGGGCCGGCAGCCCCAAGUGCUUGAAAGCCCAGGAGGAGGAUGAUGUGGCUUGCAAGCCGCGGUUACCCUGGGGCUCAUCCCGAGGGAGAAAUUCCUCCUACUGUAACAAUUCUUCCGGCCCAGGUGUGGGCGGGGCCGCCUCCAAAGGCUUCCUGAUUCGGAGCACUCGCGGGCACCUUUCAUCAAGGGGAUCCCCUCUACACUCUGCCAACUCCUUUGUAGAAGAAAUGGCUUCUCUAGAGGAGGAAGCCUGCAGCCUUAAGGUUGAUUCCAAUGAUAGUUCUCAUAACUCAACAAAUUCUGAAUGUGCAGCUGAAGCUGAGGGUCAGAAUGAUACAACUGAGGAGCCAAACAAGCUCCAGACAAGGAAGAGGGAUAGACUUCGAGACCAGGGCUCUACAAUGAUCUACCUGAAGGCUAUUCAGGGCAUCCUGGGGAAAUCAAUGCCAAAAAGGAAGGGAGAAGCCACCGCUAGGGCAAAACCAAGUAUAGGAGAGCGUCCCAGCUGUGCAAAAGGACCUGUCAGGAGUGAAGGACCAGUGAGGAGUGAGGGACCGACCAGGAGUGGAGAAGGACCAGUCAGGGGUGGAGAAGGACCGACCAGGAGUGGAGAAGGACCAGUCAGGGGUGAAGGACCAGCCAGGAAUGUCAAAGUCACAGCUCCUCAGAAGGAGAAAGAAUCCGUCCCAGAGGUUGGAGUGAAGGAGGAAAAGACUGUGCCAGAGAGGAACAGCUUUUGCCACAGGAGAGUGGUUAUGGACCCUGAGGAGAAAUCCAGUGAGGAGCCACGUGGUAACCGAAGGACAGUCAUUGACAAACAAACACCACCCCUAGAGUUUUUGGAUGACUCUGACUCUCAUUUAGAAAUCCAAAAGCAUAAAGAUAGGGAGGUGGUGAUAGAGCACCUCUCUUCAGGAAGUGACUGGUCUGAUGUGGAUGAGAUCUCCACAGUCAGGUUCUCUCAGGAGGAGCCUGUCUCCCUGAAACUCUCAGCAGCUCCAGAGCUGCCUUCCUUCACCACAGACUAUGUCAUGUACCCGCCUCAUUUGUAUAGUAGUCCUUGGUGUGACUAUGCCAGCUAUUGGACCGGCAGCCCCAAGCCUUCAGGAUACCCCUCCAUGGGCAGCAGCAGCACUGACACAGCCCAGGCUGGGAGGAGCAGCUGGAGCCUCCUGAGUGAUUAUUCUCCUAACUCUACAGUGAGUUCCCAAAACACCUCCAGAGACUUUGAGGCCACAGAGGAAGGCAGAUCCCAGAAUUCUCGUUCAUUUCCAUUCUCCAGGACCUUAGAAGAAGAAGAGGUGAAGGAGAAAAGAACAUUCCAAGAGGAGACGCCGCCACGUCAUUGUGGAGGACACAUACCUGGCUCCCUUCCUAGGAGCCACUGGGAGCCAAGCCUGGAGGAGGGCUUCAUUGAUACCCAUUGUCACUUGGACAUGCUCUAUUCCAAGUUGUCUUUCAAAGGGACUUUUACCAAGUUCAGAAAAAUUUAUAGCAGCUCCUUCCCUAAGGAAUUUCAGGGCUGCAUCUCUGACUUCUGUGAUCCUCGGACACUGACGGAUUGCCUGUGGGAGGAGCUGUUGAAAGAAGAUCUGGUUUGGGGGGCUUUUGGCUGUCACCCUCAUUUUGCACGUUACUACAAUGAAAGUCAAGAAAGAAAUCUUUUGCAAGCCUUAAGGCACCCCAAGGCUGUAGCAUUUGGGGAAAUGGGCCUGGAUUACUCUUAUAAGUGCACCACACCUGUCCCAGAACAGCAUAAGGUAUUUGAGAGACAGCUACAACUUGCUGUGUCUCUAAAGAAGCCUCUGGUGAUCCACUGCCGAGAAGCCGAUGAAGAUUUGCUGGACAUCAUGAAAAAAUUUGUCCCCUCUGACUACAAAAUCCAUAGGCAUUGCUUCACCGGCAGCUAUCCAGUCAUUGAGCCCCUGUUGAAGUACUUUCCCAACAUGUCUGUGGGCUUCACAGCAGUCCUGACAUACUCCUCUGCCUGGGAGGCCCGGGAAGCUCUGAAAAAGAUCCCGUUGGACAGAAUCAUCGUGGAAACUGAUGCUCCCUACUUCCUUCCUCGCCAGGUUCCCAAAAGCCUUUGCCAGUAUGCCCACCCGGGCCUGGCCUUGCACACAGUUCGAGAAAUUGCCAGGGUCAAAGAUCAACCACUCUCCCGCACCUUGGUCGCUUUGCGUGAGAACACCAGUCGCCUCUACAAUCUAUAAGCAGAAAGUACACAAUCAGGAGUUUCCUGGAAAAGGGCGACCAGCAGCCUGAUGUAACAUAGGCUGGGCUUGAACUCUGCCUGUGUCAAGGAUAUGUUUGGAGAGCCCUUUGGAACAGAGAAACCAGGACAGGAUGUUUUCCUCGAAACCUCAUCAUAAAGCUUCAGCUUCUGGCUGGUGGGUGGAGUGGAUGUGGGACAAGGGUUAGGGGAACUGCUCCAGAUAGUAUCAGGGUUUUGCCACCCAGUCCCAAUACUCCAAGGUAGGCAGUGAAGAAGAAGAGUUUGCCAAUCCAAGUCCUGUUCUCUGCAACCUGUAUUUUUGAGCAAUCUGUGAAUAAAGUCACCCUCCUUCUCGGCUAAGCACAUGUGGGUGUGUAACUCAGUUCCUGGUUCUCAGUUCUAAAAAUGAACUGCUAAGUGGGAAAUUUCUUGAGAAAUUCACUGGACACCUGUCUCAGAAGUUUAUUUUCUUGGGAUUAGUGAAGUCAUCCUCCUUUCUUUACUGGAUAACUCUUCAAUUUGGCUGUCACUGUUCCGGUAUCAACUCCAGCAUCAGCAUAGGCAGAAGGACUUCAGCUGCUGGUCUCACUGGUUCUGCUGCCAUCAGCGUGGAGGUGUGCAGAGGGGCGCUCAUUGUCCAUGGAAAUCCUGGCUCAUGGAGAUCCAGGACAGACUGGGGGACUCAAGGAAGAGGGCUUCUUCUUUUUAUCUUUUUUUUGAGACAGAGCUUCAAGCUAUUGCCCUGGGUAGAGUGCUGUGGCAUCACAGGUCACAGCAACCUCCAACUCCUGGGCUUAAGCGAUUCUCUUGCCUCAGCCUCCCAAGUAGCUGGGACUACAGGCGCCCACCACAACGCCCGGCUAUUUUUUUGGUUGUAGUUGUCAUUGUUGUUUGGCAGGCCUGGGCUGGAUUCGAACCCACUAGCUCUGGUGUAUGUGGCUGGCACCUUAGCCACUUGAGCUAUAGGUGCCGAGCCAGGAAGAGAGCUUCUUGGGGAAGAGGACCUCAAAGGAGAUACUCCCUGCUCACUGUGUCUCCAGGACUGCUUAUGGGGUGUGUUAAGUGGAUAAGUGUUCAGUUUAUAGCAGAAACUACCUGCUAGUUUGGUGUUAGGGGUUCCAGCCUCCCUUUUUGCCCUCUUCUCUGGAACACUUGACCAAAAAUAAUCCUUUUGUUUCAUUUCAUGUCACAGCCCCUGUGCACCCCACCAAGGUUGAGAGGUAAAUCAAUUUCAUCUUCCAAAGCUCUGCUCAUGCCGGUGCAGAACAAGAACAAGCAGGCCUGCUGUUUAUAAAUCAGUCCCUCUCCUGCCUUUGCCUCUCCCGUGUCUUGUCUUUUUCUGUGUUUUAGAAGUGAAAGCCUCUCCUUCGACUUUUGAGCAAUCAUGUCAUCUUAUGUUUUAAGCCCUGCUCUGCUCCCUGCUGGUGCCUUGUAACGGUAUAUUCAUUAUAGGCCCUAGAGGUUAUAAGGGUUGAGGGUUAAAUGUGAGGAGAGCCCUGCACUAUAUUCAUAAAGGAUCCUUCACCCUCCUCUCCUUGGAGUUCCUUGUCUGUUUCUUGGAGGGUUAAAUUGUAAAAUCCAUCAUUUAGGCCAGGCGUGAUGGCUCACGCCUGUAACCCUAGCACUCUGGGAGGCUGAGGUGGGUGGAUUGCUUGAGCUCAGGAGUUCAAAUCCAACCUGAGCAAAAGUGAGACCCUAUCUCUACUAAAAAUAGAAAAACUGAGGCAAGAGGAUCACUUGAGCUCAGAGUUGGAGGUUUCUGUGAGCUAUGACACUAUAGCACUCUACACAGGGCAAUGGAGUGAGACUCUGUCUCAAAAAAAAAAAAAAAUCCAUCAUUUAUGGUGGAUUUCUCUAGGUGGUUUUGGAAGGCACAUUUGAGCCUUGUGGGGUAAAAUGGAAUGCAUAUUCAUGUUUCAUGUCUGGUAUUUCCAUCUUGCCCCUGGUACACAAGUAACUAGCCUGAGAAGUAGGCCUUGGUUCACUGUCCACCUUCCAUGAUCAUCUGUGCUGUUAUGUUGCCCGUGCCUCAAAUUUGCCCAUGUGGGGAAUCAGAAGGACCUUGAUCCUCCCACUUGGAAGACUUGUGGGACUGCUAAGUCUAUCAAAGUGCUUUGUUACCCAAGUGAACCUCACCAUAACCAUCUCCUCUACAGCAAGCCCUUUAAGUCAAUACUGCCUCCACGUGAAACCGACUUCCUGGCAUUAGAGGAUGAAAAGACUAGAUUGAUGAAAUGACUAGCCCAUGGACUCUGGGCCGAUGCAGUCCACCUGCCAAGGAAAAGCACAAGGUGCUAUCUACUUUUCUGUCUAGGAUUUAGGAUUAUCAUUUAUGUGUUCUUACACAGGGAAACUUACCUGUUUGGGCGUGAAAGCUGGUUGGCAUUGUUUUUGAUUCCCUUUAUUUUUGGAUGGCUGACUCGAUUGUUUUUGCCGUGCUGCUGGAAUGCUCUGUUUUUCUGAAAAUAAAGUGAUGGAUUCUCUAGCCAAUUCUUAGGCUCUCCA